AUGGCGGCGCUCUGGAGGGGCUGCGGGCGGCUGCUGGCGCGGCGGCCCGGGGCGGCGCAGGCGCUCACGGCCGGGGCCCUGAUGGGAGCUGGGGAUGUGAUUGCACAGCAGCUGGUGGAGCAGCGGGGGCUGCAUGGGCACCAGUGUCCCCGCACCCUGAAAAUGAUGGGCAUUGGCUUCUGCUUUGUGGGCCCUGUUGUGGGCAGCUGGUACAGGAUCCUGGACUGGCUCAUCCCAGGGAACACAAAAGUUGUGGCUGUGAAGAAGGUGAUCCUGGACCAGGGGGGCUUCGCUCCGUGCUUCCUUGGCUGCUUCCUGGCUGUCACAGGGGCCACCAACGGGCUCUCGCUGCAGGAGAACUGGGCCAAGAUCCAGCAGGACUACCUGGAUGCCCUGGUGACCAAUUACUGUAUCUGGCCACCCGUGCAAAUCGCCAACUUCUACUUUGUGCCUCUGCAGCACAGGCUGGCUGUUGUCCAGUGUGUUGCCAUCGUCUGGAACUGCUACCUGUCCUGGAAGGCGAAUCGGAUGUGAGGCAGGAGCUGAGUCCCAUGGCAGUGCCCAGCUGUGCCCGGCCUGAUCCCACAGGAACCCUGAGCCCUGGCAGUGCCCAGCUGAG